AACAGUACUCAGAGCUAAAUAGGGAAACACAUAACACACGAGUCCUUAUAAGACACAAGACCUGUAAUAUCCUCAGACAUAUCAGCAGCCAAUGCAACCAAUAAUACAUUUGUAUUGAUAUUUAAUACAUCGAUACAAACAAUUCACGUAAAAAGCAUAUCAUAAAAGCUAACGAAAAAAGCGGCGGUCUUUCAUAUAAAGCCAGUUAUACUACAAUUGAUUGGUAUAUAACUUAUUAUAAUCAAUAGCGCAUAUAAUGACAGAGGAGUCAUACCGUAUACGACUCGUCACUCUCGGAGGUGUCUCUGUUGGCAAAAGUGCUAUUCUUAAGAGAUUUUUAUUCAAUACAUUCAAUGAGAAACACAAACCAACAGUUGAGGACUUGUUCACCAAAGACUUUAACUUAGGAACUAUGACUCUAAAGGUUGACUUUUUGGACACUGAAGGAGAUAUGCAGUUUCCAGCAAUGAGAAGACUGUCCAUUGCCAACGCACAGGCAUUUAUGUUAGUCUAUAGUAUCGAUAAGUCGAGUACUUUCGAUAUAAUCAAGACUUGCUUUGAGGAGAUCAAAGAAGUGAGGACUGAUUUUCAGGAAAUACCGAUAAUAUUUGUGGGUAACAAAUGUGAUCUCUCAGAUGAAUUCAAAGAAGUGCCCAAAGAGGAUAUGGCUGAAUGGGUUUUCUGUGAAUUACCAAAAUUGCGAACAAAAGUGAUGGAGUGUUCGGCCAAAAACAAUACAAAUGUUAAGGAGAUAUUCAAUGCAUUUCUUCAUUUGGCUCGCAUUCCUCUGCCUAAUGAUGAGGGACUUCGUCGUCGAUCCAGUGCUCAGGCGAGGGUUCAAAACGGAAAAUCAAGAUUUGCAGGCAAUACCAGUCUAACACCAAAUCACGCCAUUCCUGAUGACGAAACCGGACAACGACUAAAGCCUAGGAGUAGAAGUUUAAUUAGGAGGUCCUCUAAGAAAGUCAACAAAAGUAGAGAACCGACCUCUGAUGCAGACGACUGUGCCAUUUCUUGA